UCUAUGUCUGAAAUGGUAUUAGUGAAAUUAAUCUUAUAAGUAGUUGCAAUUUUCCCAAAGCUUAACACAUUAAUUUUCCAAAGUGCCCAAUCUUCUGAAGAAGAAAAAAAAAGGAGGAGAUAAUUUUGCACUUUUGGAUCAAGAACCAAUUUUAUUCAUUAUGGCUGUGGAGGAUAAUAAUUUACAAGUGCUUAAUGCACUUGAUUUGGCCAAAACUCAACUUUACCAUUUUACAGCAAUCGUUAUUGCUGGAAUGGGAUUUUUCACUGAUGCCUAUGAUCUCUUUAGCAUUUCCCUUGUCACUAAAUUACUUGGCCGUAUAUACUACACCAAACCGGAUCUUUUGAAACCCGGAACACUCCCUCCAACCGUCUCGGCGUCCGUCACGGGUGUCGCCCUUGUCGGCACCCUGGCCGGCCAGCUUUUCUUCGGCUGGCUCGGAGACAAAAUGGGCCGGAAAAAGGUCUAUGGUAUGACAUUGGUUCUCAUGGUUUUGUGUUCCGUUGCUUCAGGGCUCUCCUUGGGUAGUACCCCUAAGGGUGUUAUGACCACACUAUGUUUCUUUAGAUUUUGGCUUGGAUUUGGCAUCGGUGGCGAUUACCCUUUAUCCGCCACGAUCAUGUCCGAAUAUGCUAAUAAGAAGACACGUGGCGCCUUCAUAGCUGCGGUUUUUGCUAUGCAAGGGUUCGGAAUUUUGUUCAGUGGGAUAAUUGCACUUAUUACAUCAGCUGCAUUUGAUCACGCCUAUAAAGCCCCAACUUUCGCGGAAAAUGCAGCUCUGUCCACUGUGCCACAAGCCGACUACAUUUGGCGUAUAAUUCUCAUGUUCGGGUCAUUGCCAGCUGGCCUCACUUUCUACUGGCGCAUGAAGAUGCCUGAAACAGCUCGUUACACGGCUCUCGUGGCGAAAGAUGCCAAAAGAGCCGCGCAGGACAUGGGCAGGGUACUACAAGUUGAAAUUGACCCCGAGGACGCGAAAAUCGAACAAUUGUCUAGGGACGAAACCAAUCAAUUCGGUCUGUUUUCAUGGGAAUUUGUUCGACGCCAUGGAUUGCACUUAUUUGGAACGUGUUCCACGUGGUUUUUGUUGGAUAUUGCUUUCUACAGCCAAAAUCUAUUCCAGAAAGAUGUGUUCUCCGCUGUUGGAUGGAUCCCUAAAGCCCCAACAAUGAAUGCUGUUCAGGAAGUUUACAAAAUAUCUAGAGCGCAAACCUUAAUUGCGCUCUGUAGUACGGUGCCAGGGUACUGGUUCACCGUGGCAUUUAUUGACAUCAUCGGAAGGUUUGCGAUCCAAUUGAUGGGCUUCUUCUUCAUGACUGUGUUUAUGUUUGCGAUCGCCAUUCCCUACCAUCAUUGGACAUUGGAGGCCAAUCGUAUUGGAUUCAUCAUAAUGUACUCUCUUACAUUUUUCUUCGCGAAUUUUGGGCCUAACGCAACCACAUUUGUGGUUCCCGCUGAGAUUUUCCCAGCUAGGCUUCGGUCAACAUGUCAUGGAAUUUCUGCGGCUGCAGGUAAGGCUGGAGCUAUAAUAGGAGCGUAUGGAUUUCUAUAUGCUGCCCAAAGCAAAGAUCCAACGAAAACCGAUGCAGGAUACCCUGCGGGUAUCGGAAUAAAGAACUCACUGAUUGUUCUAGGGUUCAUCAAUGCUCUAGGAAUGAUAUGUACAUUUUGUGUGCCAGAGCCAAAAGGAAAAUCUCUAGAGGAAGCAUCACAGGAAACUAUGGGUGGAGAAACAUGAGCUCAUUAAUUAAUUGUUUGGAAAAAAACACUUUUUUUAACCUUUGCUUUCAAUGUAUUAUCAUUGUUGCUUUAAUUUGCUUUUUUUUGUGUUUAUUUUUUUGGUAUUGUCUAAGCUUGUUUGUUGUAAUUUUUAAAUUCUUUUU